AAGACGAACAUUUCAUCGCAAUCGUCAGCACCACACAGGUUGUCUAGCUAGUGACCACAGCCGUCAACCGGAGAAUAACUUUCGCAACUUCUUGAAUCAACUUCAGGAGCACCCAACAUGAGCAAGAUGAGGGUGGUGUGGGCGUGCUUGUGGACGGUGGUACUUGGCGUGUGUGCCACCACAGCCACCCAGUUCCAGAAGGAGACUGACGUGGAAGGUGUCAACAAGGCCCAAGAGUUCCGGCAGGACGCUCGACUGGACGAGAAAGACCAAGAGUUGCAAGAGAAAGACGAGAGUCUGCUACAACAAAUUCAUCCAGUUGAUAGUUUUAUGACGGGAUCCAAGAAUGAUGCUGCAAGUUCCAGGAUAUCAGUGGCCUCAAAUCUGAGGCCCGUGGACUGUGCCGACUAUCUGAUGAGCGGCGCCAACACCAGCGGUGUUUACGAGAUCUACCCUUUUACGUGCGCGUGCAGCAGUCCGGUGCAAGUGUGGUGUGACAUGGAGACGGACGGAGGCGGGUGGACGGUGUUCUUGAGUCGUCAGAGGCAAAGUCCUCAAGAGAACUUCAACCGUUCCUGGGUCGAUUACAAGAACGGCUUUGGCAACGUCUCAGGCGAAUACUGGCUCGGGAACGAAAUACUGCACAAAUUAACAGCCAGUAGAGACUACUCACUGCGUCUUGAUAUGGACUAUCAGUCCGGUGCUCUCCACUACUUCACAUAUGCUUCCUUCAGUGUUGCUAACGAAGCAUCCAGAUACAGAGUGACAAGGACCGGCAGCUCAUCAGGAACUGUGUCCAGCCACUGCUUCUACUCCGGAAGUUCAUCCUUCACUACCUAUGACCGCGACUACGACUCCUAUAGCGGUAACUGUGCGUCUGUAAAGGGUGGAGGUUGGUGGUACUAUAACUGCCGCUACAACAAUCCCACCUCGCCCUACAACCAGGGCCUCAACUACACCUGCUACUACAACAGUGUGGUGAGGGUCUCCAAGCUACAGCUCAAGAUACGACCAGCAAUCUGCGACUCUCCCAUCAAGACCAUCAAUGCCAACUCCUAUAACUGUGGUGGAUGUGAAUAGAGCAAACAGGGUACGACCUGACCUGACCUGACCUGAGGACUCGGAUAUAUGGCUAAGACCAAGACCCACAGCCUCACACAACAACAACUGUCAACACGCCAUCCUAGACUGGUGGCACGGAUGGUGUGAUACACUUACUUGUGUCUUGUUCUUUACUACCAUAGAUGUAGUACAUAACUUAUGGCAACAUGAUCCUAUAUAUUUGUUAUGGUAUAAAGCACAUAGGAGUUUUAUAUCUAAUGGAAGAAACAUUAAACUAAACGAAGAAAUUAUA